AUUUAUGCUUUAACCUUUUGAGAACAAACGUUUUUCAAACGUUAGUUGUGGAUAAAAUGUUGGAUGUCGAUGGAGAACACGUAUUUAAACUAAGACAGUCUUGGAAUUUGUCAUCAAGGUUCACCAUUCUCCUUUUUUGUCUGAUGGGCGCGGUGAACGGACAAAUCCGUUAUUCCAUCCCAGAAGAAUUGAAACCUGGAUUGUUUGUUGGAGAUGUGGUGAAAGAUCUGGGCUUGGACGUUAAGAGGUUGGUAUCGGGCAAAGCGCGUCUGGUUAUUGAUGACAGUAAGCAGUACCUCGAGCUAAACCGUAACAAUGGCAAUUUAGUAGUGAAAGAAAGGAUGGACAGAGAGGAGAUCUGUGGUCAGAAAUCUCCAUGUAGCUUCGGGUUGGAGAUUUUGCUCGAAAAUCCUCUAGAAUUUUUUUCAGUUACUAUAGAAAUCGAAGAUAUAAAUGAUCACGCACCAGCGUUUUCCAAAAAAGAAAUUAAUCUUGAAACUAGCGAGUGGGCACCGAUAGGUACUGUUUUCUUGUUGGAUGCAGCAACAGACCCCGAUGUUGGUUUAAAUACUCUUCAAAGCUACAGCUUAAAACCUACUGAUCAUUUUUCUUUGAAGCAGCAUAAUCGAGCUGACGGCAGCAAGUACGCAGAAAUGGUGCUGCAGAAUCCACUAGACCGGGAGAAACACAGCCAGCAUUUGUUAAUAUUAACGGCUGUCGAUGGUGGAAACCCACCCCGUUCUGGAACCGUGCAAAUAGUAAUAAAUGUCCUCGACGCAAAUGACAACCUUCCUGUGUUUACAGAAACUUUGUAUAAAGCGAGUGUGCAAGAGAAUAUAGCGCCUGGCACGUUUAUUAUUAAAAUCAGUGCCACCGAUGAAGAUGAAGGUCACAACGGAAAUGUGACGUAUUCGUUUACCAAUAUGGAGGAAGCACAUCAAGUGUUUAUCGUAAAUGCAAAAAACGGUGAAGUAAGACUAUCUGGUAAUCUGGACUAUGAAGUAGUGCAUCAUUACGAAAUUAAUUUACAGGCUAAAGAUCACGGGGGUCUGGCAGGUACGAGUAAAUUAGUUAUAGAUGUUUUAGAUGUGAACGAUAAUCACCCGAUCAUUGCCUUAACAUCCUUCUCGGGUAAGAUUCAAGAAGAUUCUCCUCACGGCACAGUUGUUGCCUUAAUCAGUGUGCAGGAUUUAGACUCUGGUAAAAACGGAAACUUUAAUUUGAAUGUUAACCAAAAUGUGCCAUUUACAAUUAAACAAUCACCGCGGAAAUAUUAUACUUUGGUUACCAAUGGAGCUUUGGAUAGAGAAAAAAAUCCUAUUUUCAAUUUGACGUUAACUGCCACUGACGAAGGCACUCCCCCAUUGUCUAAAGAGAAAACAGUUUUACUAGAAAUCAUCGAUGUAAACGAUAAUGCACCGUCUUUUAGUAAAAAUGAAUAUAGAACACAAAUAGUAGAAAAUAACUCUCUGGGCGUAUCAAUCAUCAAAGUUCAAGCAAACGAUGCUGAUAAAGGACAAAACGCACGCAUCACUUACUCUCUCUUAGAGAGUGAAGUCAGCGGCUCAUCUGUGUCGACAUAUUUCUCUAUUAAUGCAGAUAGUGGGAUACUUUACGCAAUUCGCUCAUUUGACUACGAACAGGUUAAAGAGUUUAAAAUGCAGGUGCAAGCUCAGGAUGGUGGCUCUCCGCCUCUCCGGAGCAAUGUAACAAUCUUCGUAAACGUUCAGGACCAGAAUGACAACGCGCCUCAGAUUCUGUAUCCAGUACAAACUAGUGGCUCUGUGGUGGCUGAAAUGGUGCCUCGUUCAGCAGAUGUGGGAUAUCUUGUCACUAAAGUGGUGGCUGUGGAUGUGGACUCUGGACAGAAUGCCUGGCUCUCAUAUAAACUACACAAUCCGACAGACAGAGCGCUGUUUGAUGUGGGCUUACAGAAUGGAGAAAUAAGAACUGUGCGUAAAGUCACCGAUAAAGAUGCUGUGAAACAGAAGCUCACUGUUGUAGUGGAGGACAACGGACAGCCCUCUCGUUCAGCUACAGUCAAUGUUAACGUGGUGGUGGCGGACACUUUCCCUGAAGUGCUCUCAGAGUUCACUGACUUUACGCACGACAAGGAAUACAACGACAACCUGACAUUUUAUCUAGUCUUGGCCUUAGCUGUAGUUUCAUUUCUCUUUAUCAUGUCCAUCAUAGCUAUACUGUCAGUGAAAUGCUACAGAUGGAGACGUGAGCGAAUGUUUUACAAAUCCGGUGCCAAUCUACCAGUUAUUCCGUAUUACCCACCUCUUUACACAGAUGUAGGGGGAACAGGAACUUUACAGCAUAUAUACAAUUACGAAGCUUACAGAACUACUGACUCUAGAAAGAGUGACAGGAAAUACUCCAGACCUCCUACUGAGAGCAUCAUUAAUCUGGAUACCGAUGGAACACCAACGCUGACUCAUGCGUUCAUAGGUAGACCUGCCAGCAGUGCAUUGCAGUAAUCCAGUCUAGAAAUGACAAGAGACUGAACAAGUACCUGAGCAGCCUGUGUGGACAGAAAUGGUCGAAUCCUUCUAAUGUUGUAGAGAAGAAACCGACAUGA